AGGCGCAAGUUUCCCCCGCCUCCCAAAUGAGUAAUGAUCGCUGCUUUUUGAACAGCCCUUAACGGCUCCUUUUUGUUUUUCGUUUCUUCUCCUUUCGUUUUACACCCUCGUAGAACUUCAGAGUUGAUCAGACAAUCUCCAUUCCUCUGCCUCCGGGAUACUGUGUUUAGUCGAGAUGAAGAUCAGUCGCAAACCCAAGAAAUCACGAACAGCUUCGAAGCUGGUGUUGGAGGAAAUCAUUGGGUUGACAACAAAGAACGCCAAUGGGUUUGCCUUGAACGUCUUGAAUGCAAACUGCGUGUAUCUGGCUGGAUGUGUAGUGGUAGUUUAUAAUGUUGACUUGGGCACUCAGUCACACCUCAUGGUGUCUCAAAGACUGCCGAAACCUUUGAGCUGUGUUGCCAUCUCACAAGACGGACGUUUUGUUGCGGCUGGUGAGUCUGGGCAUCAACCUGCAGUGUUAGUCUGGGACUGCACAGCUUUGGCUUUUAUAUCUGAACUUAAAGGUCAUCAAUAUGGGGUUGAAUGCAUUGCUUUCUCCUCUAAUGGGAAGCAUAUGGUGUCUGUUGGAUUUCCUCAUGAUGGAUACAUGUGUCUGUGGGAUUGGCGCAGUGGGGUGUUGGUUACAAAGCAUAAAACAAGUUCAUUUUGCUCAUCCGUUUUAUCUGUUAGCUUCUCAUCAGACGGAAAUUCCAUUGUGACUGCUGGCAAGAAGCACUUGAAGCUCUGGGCAGUUUCAUCUUGUACAAAACCUCGCUCAAAUAAUGGGGCAGGGCCAUUGUUAUUGUAUGGAAAGCCUCUUAAACUUGGUCCUUGUAAAGGAAACACAUUCAUUUCUGUUUCAACCCCCUUCCAGUCUGAUGGUAAACUUUUUGGUUCUGGGCAUGCCGGUCAAUUUUUCCCAAUGUAUGCACUCACUGAUGGAGGUGUUUUAUGCCUUUUACAGUCUGGGAUGUUAGUCAGAUGGGUGGAUUUAAAGGUUACAAAGGCUUUUGCGCUAUCUACUUCCAACAAGCUAAUUGCCUGUGCAUGCAGUAGUGGAGUUGUAAAACUGUUUUCCAUUGAGUCGCUCAAAUAUUCUGGAACUUUAGAAUACUUUGAGCCCAAACAUGGACAUAAGGCAAGCAAUGUGGUGGUCUCCCAUGUAAAAAAAACUGAAAAGGAUUUUCAAUUUACACCUCCGCUUCCUGAUGCAAUUGCUUGUCAAUUCUCAAGCUUAGAUAAGCUCAUCGUUAUUUAUGCAGAUCACAGUCUCUUUAUAUGGGAUAUUCAUGAUGUAAACAAGCCUACCAGGUGUUGUGCUUUGGUUUCGCACAGUGCAUGCAUUUGGGAUAUUAAGAAUCUCUCUUGUGAUUAUGCCCAUGAUCCAUCUCUUGCAUGUGUUGCUAGAGGCUGUUCUGGAGGAAUUUCUUUUGCGACAUGCUCAUCAGACGGUACCAUUAGGUUAUGGGAUCUUGCUUUGCAACCUGAUAUAUUGGAGGUUGUCAGUUCAAAGCAUACCAAGAACCAUCAUCCUUUGUACGCUGAAACAGUGGGCACUACGCAUUUCGUGAGUGCUGGAAUUUUUGAACGUGAUUCUGUGGAAUCAAGUGUUAGCACAGAAGGUUUUCGGUCUAUGGCAGUCAGUUCAGAUGGAAAGUACCUGGCUGCUGGUGAUUGCAAGGGAAGCCUUCAUAUUUUUAACUUGCACACCUCUGAAUUUGUAUGCCUCCAGGGUGCUCACGAUGCAGAGAUUCUGUCAUUGAGCUUCAGCCUGCCCAGCAAUAAGGAUUUUUUUCCUGGAAAAUACAAAGAAAACCCUUACUUCCUUGCUUCAGGGGGACGAGAUCGAAGCAUCCAUAUAUAUGAUGGCGAGAGGAACUUUGAUCUUAUUGAAACUAUUGAUGAUCAUUCAGCUGCUGUGACUUCUGUGAAACUUGCCUGUGAUGGCAGUAAGAUUCUCAGUUGCAGUGCUGAUAGGUGUCAUACAUUUGAUUGCCUAAUGAAUUGUUUGCCCUCUAGGUCUCUGGUGUUCCGUGAUUUGGCUGUAAUGGAUGGUGGUUGCAAGCUUUUGCGUCGCCAUCAUCAAUUGGCAUCUCAUGGAACUGUCUAUGACAUGGCUGUAGAUCCAAGUAUGGAGGUUGCUAUCACGGUUGGGCAGGAUAAAAAGAUUAACACAUUCAACAUUACUGGUGGGAAGCUUCUUAAAUCAUUCAAGCAAAAUGGAAAUUGUGGAGACCCAAUGAAGGUGACCAUGGACCCAAGCUGCAGUUACUUGGUUUGCUCUUACUCUAACAAGUCUAUAUGCAUGUAUGACUUUAUCAGUGGGGAGAUGGUUGCACAAGCAGUUGGUCAUGGUGAAGUUGUAACUGGUGUCAUCUUCUUACCUGAUUGCAGGCACAUAAUUUCUGUUGGUGCCGAUGGAUGUAUCUUUGUUUGGAAAGUUCCUGCUUCUUUAUCUUUAAGGAUGCUGCAGAAAAUGAAGGAAUAUUCUGGUCCACUGUCUCCAACUUGCAUGGCCAAGCCAAUAGCAUUAAGUCAAUUAAUUUUUCAAGAAGAGGGUGAAAAUGAUCAGUGCAGAUUUAACUCCAGUAGUAUAUCCAUGAUCAAAUCCUCCAGCUGGUUUGAUCAAAGAGUGCUUUAUCAAGGAAGAGGUUCUCAAGAGACUCCAGCAUUUAAGUUUAGCAUCUCAAGGCUUCCAAGAUGGGCACAAGCCAAAUUAACAAGGCCUGAGGCUGUCUCCAUCAAUUUUGAGCUUGCUUCAACUGAGACAGAAGAACUCAAAAUUUCUUCUUCAGUUGGUAGCGGUGGGGGUUGUGCUUUUGUUUCUCCUGAAGCUAAGACUCCACCCACAUAUAAUCUGGAAAGAACUGCGCCACGUCUUGGUAGUUCAUCCAGAAGGUCAAUUGGUAACAGCACGUGUUCUCCACUUUCUCGUGGAAGAAUCAGCAGCUUCCCCAUGGACAAUCGUUGGCUUGCCAUCUACACUGUUUGUCUGGAUCUACCAAAUUCCCCAGAUGUAUGUGAUUUGCCUGCCUCAAAUUUGUUGCAAGAUCCAGCAACGAACAAAGCAAGUAAUGGUAGGGGCAAAGAGAUAUCACUAAGAGACCAUAACAACAUUGUAGAUGUUGGGCGAGAAACCAGUCUGUGUGAACAUGCUAGAUUGCAUUAUUCUGACCCUGUGUACGAGGACAAGAAUAAACUUGGCAUUUACAGUGGAAAUGCAUGUCAUCAAGUUGUUAGUAGUGAACUGCUGGAACAGUUGCAAUCUGACACAACUGAAAGUGGAGUGCAAGCAGCUAUGGAUGUCAGGUCCUACUACACAAAAUCUCAAGAUGAUGAUUUGUUGAACCAGCACAUUGGUAUGUCUACAGUACUGAAGAUAAAGGAAAGAAAAUCAUCAGCGAGGAGAACCUACUCAGCCCAACUUGUUCUGCAGCAAGAUUGUGUCGGGGGCUGCAAGAGACUCUUUGGGACACCUCGAAAUUUUGGUGAAGUCUUGAACUGUGAGGAAGAAAUUGCCCUCCCAGUCACAUCAGAAGCUCAAUCAAUUCAGUUGCAGGAAGAACAGCAAAUGACAGAUGCUCAUAAACAGGGCCAAAAUAACUCCACUGUAGAAGCAACAAACGUCAGGGAUGUGAAUGGAUGUCGACCUGCAGGAAAUGAAAUGCAGGAAAGGAUCAUUGCAUGCAAGAAAGUAUUACUCAGCUUGGAUGCUGCGGCUGAGAAUACGCUCCACUUGUUUUCUACAUUAGGAACACUGCUUUCUGAGGAGCAAGUUUUGGGAGGGCCUGCAUCUCAGUUAUAUGAUGAGGCAGCUGAACUGCUUCCUUCAAUAGCUGAGAAAGUUAAUGAGGUUGCCAAAGUGAUUCAAUCCAACAACAAAGGUUCCGGUAGGAAAGCCAUGGAAGAAGUUCCAAGUUUUGAACCUUUGUUAGGAAUAUUUGCCGAGUCUCUUUCCCAAAGGGUUGUUGACAUACUCAAGAAGAAUUUCAACACUCUCUAACAAGCAAUGUACAGCAUUCCAAAGGAAUAAUGUUGAUUAUAAAAUUUACCUCCAUUCCAUA